GUCUGUCCCCGAGCGAGCGGCGGCGGAGGGGCGGGCAGCCGCGUAGGCAGCCGCAGGUGGGGCUGCUCGUUGCCAGGGACCUAGCCAGGGAGCCCCGGAGCCCCGCUCCCUGUGUGCCCAGGAUGCCCCGCGGGGACGCGGAGCAGGUGCGCUAUUGUGCGCGCUUCUCCUACCUCUGGCUCAAGUUCUCGCUCGUCAUUUACUCUACAGUGUUCUGGCUGAUUGGGACCCUGGUCCUGUCUGUGGGGAUCUAUGCAGAGGUCGAGCGGCAGAAAUAUAAAACCCUCGAAAGCGCCUUUCUGGCCCCGGCCAUCAUCCUCAUCCUCCUCGGAAUCAUCAUGUUCAUCGUGUCCUUCAUUGGUGUGCUGGCCUCCCUUCGUGACAACCUGUGCCUUCUUAAUGUGUUUAUGUACAUCCUUGGGAUUUGCCUCAUAAUCGAGCUCAGUGGCGGCGUGCUGGCCUUGAUCUUCCGGAACCAGACCAUUGACUUUCUGAAUGACAACAUUCGAAGAGGAAUCAAGAACUACUAUGAUGAUCUGGACUUCAAGAACAUCAUGGACUUUGUUCAGAAGGAGUUCAAGUGCUGUGGCGGGGAAGACUACCAAGAUUGGAGCAAAAACCAGUAUCACGACUGCGGCGCCCCCGGACCCCUGGCCUGCGGGGUGCCCUAUACCUGCUGCAUCAGAAACACGACGAGCGUUGUCAACACCAUGUGUGGCUACAAAACUAUUGACAAGGAGCGCCUCAGCGUGCAGAACGUCAUCUACGUGCGGGGCUGCACCAACGCUGUGCUCAUCUGGUUCAUGGACAACUACACGAUCAUGGCGGGUCUCCUGCUGGGCAUCCUGUUCCCCCAGUUCCUGGGAGUGCUGCUGACGGUCCUGUACAUCACCCGGGUAGAAGACUGCAUUGAGGAACAACGGGCCACUGUCACCGAUGGGCUCCUGAGGUCUGCUGCCAAGCCCAGUGCAGAAGGGGCAAGCACGGGAUGCUGCAUGUGCUACCCCGUUUAGGGCCUGUCCAAGGCAGCGGCUUCAGCAGGGCCAUGCCAGAGUAGCACCACAUCGUGGGGGCUGGAUGGGACAAUGGCCCUUCUCCCCACAGCUGGCACGGACCAAAGCCCAGGGUGUGCGUGCUCUGGUAGCCGGCUCAGGCCUUCCAUGGUCACUGCCUCCCUGGGGGAUAGAGCCUGGGCCCCCCAGCUCCGGGUUCUGGGUCUGCUCACACUGCUGGGCCUGGGGAACAAGGGUAGCCCUUGCCCAGGCCUGGGCCUCUGCUGAGCAGGGAGCUCAGCGCUCAGCUCAGGGCUGCUUCAUUUCCGGCAGUGCCUUCUUGGCCUUUGAUGUUUAUGCCCCUCCAGGGGCGUGGUUUUAGUGAUUUGUAAGUGGGGAGAGAAGAGAGCAGGUGUGCUCUGUGGUGAAGGAGGGGAGGGGGCAGACCCCACACCCCUGGCCCCUCAGCCAUGCCCCAGGGGCCGGGGUGGGCCCGUUUCUCAGCCUCCAUGUGCCUUGAGCCCUCCCCAAGGGCUGCUGCUUUGCUGACCCUGUUUUUUACAUGAUUUUGUAAGAUUCAUUUUGUACACAGUUAACAAGAGUUUCUGACUAAUCAAAGCUGGGUUUUCCCAUGCUCUCUGCUCUUGCCCCUC